CUCUUCGAUUCGUCGCACCCGUCACAGAGAUCUCUACGCGUUGAUUUCCAGAGGAUACCUUUUCUCCGUUCCGUCCGUUCUGCUCGGCUCGACUCGCCUCGCCUUCGCGACCAGUGUGCCGUGCCGCGGUUAGGUUCCUCGACUCUUGCGACGCUCGCGUCUUCCAUUCGCCUUCGGGAUCGCAGUUUCGCCAGUUUCGCCAGUUUCGGUGUGGUAACGAUUGGUGCUGAGAGAAAGCGUCGACUAGCGCCGAUCGACCGAGUGAAUCGCGAGGAAUCAAAGGAUAUAGUGGACGGAACGGAUGAGACUCGCGUGCGUGCCUAUCUCGAACCGCGUACUCGAAGGAUCUUCCAGGAAUAGGAAGCCCCUUCGGAGGUCCUUCUAGGAAGAGAAAGAAAGAAUUCCCUUUGCGGUAAAGAGAGACUACGAUAAGGAUAUACCUCGCGGAGGAAAUAUGUCUCGUGGCAGUCGCAACGUGAACCGGUUGCGCGCUCUUAAAAUAGUUCUCCGCGCAUAGGUUUACCCGCUCUGCCCAUCGCACAGCUCGCUGGAAUACGUCGCAGGACUGCCAGAACACGAUGACGAGCUGGAGCAGGACGCUGGUCGUGGGCAUCAUCGGAAUCUUGCUUCUGGCGGCGACAAAGAACUACAGCGAGGCUUGCAACGAGGCGAUCUGCGCCAGCGUCGUGAGCAAAUGCAUGCUUACGCAAAGUUGCAAGUGCGAUCUCGUUACCUGCACUUGCUGCAAGGAAUGCUUCUCAUGCCUCAGCUAUCUCUACGACGAGUGUUGCUCGUGCGUAGACCUAUGUCCAAAACCAAACAUCACGGAUAAUCCAUUGAGUAAAAAGUCACACGUGGAGGACUUUAGCGAGCCUAUGCCAGGUCUGUUUCAAGCGUUAACCGCUGAGCCGGAUCCGCACGAGAGGUGGCUCACGUUCACGUUUCCGGUGGACUUCGACAUGUCUCUGUUCACGCCGAAGCACGAGAAAGAGAUGAAGUAUCAUAUGCAGACUGCCGACGAAGAGGUGCACCCGUUGAAGCCGAACGUGAUGACGGUGAACUGUACGGUCGCGUUUAUGGCUCAAUGCAACUCCUGGAACAAGUGUCGUGCGUCUUGCCAAAGCAUGGGCGCCACCAGUUAUAGAUGGUUUCACGACGGUUGCUGUGAAUGCAUAGGGGACACCUGUAUCAAUUAUGGGAUCAACGAGUCCAGAUGCGUACACUGCCCGCUGGACAAAGAAGAAGACGAUUUGAAGGACCAGUACGACGAUUAUGGUCAGGACGAAGACGAUCUGGUAGACGACGAGAUCGACUAACGACGCGCCUGAUUCCCCUUCGAAAUACUGUGGUUGUGUCGACGGUGCGUGCAUAUUCCCGGUGACAAUUAGUCCUUUCGGAACUAAGCAAAAUCGAGCAAAAGCAAACGAAACAAUGAUCGGACUCGUGUUAAAUGUGUAUGUAAGUAAUCCUGUAGCGUCGAAUAUUUUAUUAUUUUUCAGUGCCAUACGAAUAAAGCUGUACACGUAUCGUA